AUGGAGAGUCAGAGAGUCCAGUCCUCGUACAGGAAGCGCUUUGGGUCUCAGGGCUCGGGCGGCACAGGAGUCAGAAUUGGGAGCCUCUCUUCCAACCGCCUCUCCUGGCACGGCCCCCCUCGCAACCUCACCUACUCCAGCCCGAUGUCCCGGAUCUCCUUGGGCUCCGGCAACGCGGCCCUGCUCCUGGGGAGCCCCGUGGACCGGCUGGACUUCUCAGCUGACUCCCUGAUGAAGGCCCAGUACAAGGAGACACGCACCAACGAGAAGAUUGAGAUGAUGGGCCUGAAUGACCGUUUCGCCAGCUUCAUAGACAAGGUGCGCGUCUUGGAGCAGCAGAACAAGGUGCUGGUGGCAGAGCUGAGCCAGCUGAAGGUCAAGGAGCCCAGCCGCCUGGGGGACAUCUACCAGGAGGAGCUGAGAGAGCUGCGCAGGCAGGUGGACGGUCUCACUUCGGGCAAAGCUCGCCAGGAGAUAGAGAAGGACAACCUGGCUGCAGAUGUGGCCACGCUCAAGCAGAGGCUGCAAGAUGAGAUUGGCCUCCGACAGGAUGCGGAGAACAAUCUGAAGGCCUACAGACAGGAUGUGGAUGAGGCGGCUCUCAAUCGGGUCCAGUUAGAGAGGAAGAUCGAUGCCCUGCAGGAAGAGAUCAACUUCCUGAAGAAGACUCAUGAGGAGGAGCUGCGUGAGUUACAUGAGCAGAACAUGGCCCAACAGGUGCAUGUUGAGCUGGAUGUAUCCAAACCAGACCUGACUGCUGCUCUGAGGGACAUCAGGGUCCAAUAUGAAACCAUGGCCUCCUCAAACAUGCAGGAGACGGAGGACUGGUACCGAUCCAAGUUUGCUGACCUGACCGAUGCAGCCAAUCGAAACACAGAAGCCCUGCGUCAGGCCAAACAGGAGGCCAAUGAGUACCGGCGUCAGAUUCAAGGGGUGACCUGCGAUCUUGAGGCUCUCAGAGGGGCAAACGAGUCUCUGGAACGCCAGCUCCGGGAGAUGGAGGACCGCUUCGCCAUGGAGACGUCUGGCUACCAGGAUACGGUGAGCCGACUGGAGGAGGACAUCCACUCUCUGAAGGGUGAGAUGGCGAGACACCUGCAGGAGUACCAGGACCUUCUCAACGUCAAGCUGGCUUUGGAUAUCGAGAUCGCCACCUACAGGAAGCUGCUGGAGGGGGAGGAGAGCAGGAUCACCAUUCCAGUUCAGAGCUUUUCCAACCUGCAGUUUAGAGAUACUAACCUGGACAUUAAAAACCCGGAGGCCCACGUGAAGAAGCGCAUCCUGGUUCGAACUGUGGAGACCAGAGAUGGGGAGAUCAUUAAGGAAUCAACAACGGAGCACAAAGAUCUUCCAUAA